AGCCCAAAAGCCACCAUGCCUUCUGGCUUUUGACUCCCCAAACUCAAAACAUCAAAUCCGAACACUCUCUCUCACUUAAUUCGCCAGAGAGACGGCAAACUCGAGCACAAAAAUUCAGUCGUUUCUCUUCUACAUUCAUAAACUGAUAUGGCUCUUGCCCACAGACUUCAAUUUCUUUCUCCAUCUUUAUCUUUGAUUCAUUUCAGAAAACCCAACUCCACAAACAUUCACCCCAUUUGCUCUUUACAUUAUGAUUCUUCUUUUACUUCUUAUUCCUCCCCUUUCACUGAGAAACACUCUAUUCAGAGGUUCCAAAGGGACCAGUGGCUGUACAAGAACCAAGUGGAGCAAAUUACGUCAUGCUCCUUCCCACCUGAUUCCCACUUAAAUAGGGAAAACAACAUAGCACUGCAAUUACCGGAGCUGAAGAAGCUGCUUCAGGUGCUGAGAGAGAAGAGAGAAAGUGAAGGAUGUAGUAAGGGGAAGUAUGGGCCAGGGAAUGUCUUUUUGGUGGGAACGGGGCCUGGGGACCCUGAGCUGUUGACACUCAAGGCUAUGAGAGUGAUUCAGAGUGCUGAUUUGCUCUUGUAUGAUCGGUUGGUGUCCAAUGACGUGUUGGAUUUGAUUGGCCCCGAUGCUAGGCUCCUCUAUGUCGGCAAGACUGCUGGUUACCAUAGUAGAACCCAGGAGGAAAUACACGAGUUGCUUCUGAGUUUUGCCGAAGCUGGAGCGACUGUUGUGAGACUUAAGGGAGGAGAUCCACUGGUGUUUGGGAGAGGUGGUGAGGAGAUGGAUUUUCUGCAACAGCAAGGGAUUCAAGUGCAAGUAAUACCAGGUAUCACUGCUGCUUCAGGAAUAGCAGCAGAGCUUGGAAUUCCAUUAACUCAACGAGGUGUUGCAAAUAGUGUAAAAUUUCUCACUGGGCACGCAAGGAAGGGAGGAACAGAUCCUUUGUUUGUGGCAGAAAAUGCAGCUGACCCUGAUUCAACCUUGGUGGUUUAUAUGGGCUUAUCAACCUUUCCUUCUCUUUCCCUAAAGUUACUCCAUCAUGGUCUCCCCCCUUGUACACCCGCUGUUGCAGUUGAGCGAGGGACCACACCUCAACAACGCACGGUCUUCGCUGAACUAAAGGAUCUUGCCCAGCAAAUUACAUCGGCACAAUUAAUAUCACCGACUCUGAUCAUCGUUGGAAAAGUUGUUGCGCUUUCACCUCUAUGGUCACUUUCUUUGAAAGAAACAUCCUCCUUAGUAGAGGCUAAAUAGACAUGUUUGAGGCACAGGGCAAUCAAUCAUGCUGUCUACGGAUGUUUUUGGGAAUUUGAAAUUUCUGUUUGUGAUUAUUUAAUCUGUGUGACGGUGGACAUGGAGACUGGAGUCAAAGAAACUCAGUUAACUGCUACUUUUGCAUGCGGUACAUCUUUUUUUGGAUCGUGUUGCAAUGGUUAAUACAGAGAUUGUGGAAGAUUUUGUUGAUGAGCAGGCUGACAUGCCAGAAUCUCGAUUGGAUACUUUGGUAGGGUCAGUUAAAAACUGGGUCGGAAGCAUGGGGUAGUUUGAAUUUUCAACAAUAAAGGUUCCAGGGGACUUCAUGUCUUUGAUUGCAAGGUGCAACGAAGAGCAAGCUUGUUUUUGCCUGUGUAGCGUGAUGGGAUUCAAUUGAAUAAAGUGUAAUAAUUAUUUAUAAAUUAACAUACGUGUGCCUGACUCUGUAAUGCAGAUAAACAUCAAGUUUUGGUUUGAUUCCUUGAGAUUUUUCGGUAAAA